UGCGCGGUUGACGCACCCCCGCCGCGUUCUCCUUCAGUCUGUCCUCUCGCGCUGCACAGAAGCUCCGUCGGGGACAUCGACACGGCAAACACGAUCAUGUCUGAGAAAGGACGCAGGCAGAAAGAGACGCAUGUGAAAGGAAGCAGUGAGAGCUGCCAUCACUGCAAGCCAAAGACAUGCGCAAACAUGGCUGUCCCUCCUGCAUACGCUGACCUCGGUAAAUCUGCCAAAGAUAUCUUCAGCAAAGCAUACAGCUUUGGAGCUGUUAAGUUGGACCUGAAGACCAAGUCUCAGAGUGGAGUUAUGGAGUUCUCCACCGGUGGCUCCAGUAACACAGACACCGGAAAGGCGGCUGGAAACCUGGAGACCAAGUACAAAGUGAAGGAUCUGGGCUUGACUUUGAACCAGAAGUGGAACACAGAUAAUGUUCUGACAAAUGAAGUGACACUGGAAGAUCAGCUGGCCAAAGGUCUGAAGCUGGGAUUGGACACUUCAUUUGUGCCCAACACUGGGAAGAAGAGCGCUAAGCUGAAGACCGGAUAUAAGCGUGAUUUCAUGAAUGUGGGCUGUGAUUUAGAUUUCGAUCUGGCCGGACCGACGAUUCACGCCGCAGCUGUUCUGGGUUAUGAAGGCUGGCUGGCUGGGUAUCAGAUGGCCUUCGACACGGCCAAGUCCAAACUGGCCCAGAACAACUUCGCUUUGGGCUACAAGGCAGGAGACUUCCAGCUACACACCAAUGUUAAUGAUGGCACAGAGUUCGGCGGCUCCAUCUAUCAGAAGGUGAACGGUCAGUUGGAGACGGCGGUGAAUCUGGCCUGGACCGCAGGCAGUAACAACACACGCUUUGGCAUCGCUGUCAAAUACCAGCUAGAUAAAGACUCCUCCAUCUCUGCCAAAGUCAACAACGCUAGUCUGGUUGGAGUAGGAUACACACAGAGCCUCCGGCCAGGUGAGCAAACACCUUCAUGUCAUUAAUAAUCAGACGUUCAUUCCUUAACUAGGUGU